UCCUUUUCUUCUUCCACUCCACAUCUCAUCACAAACACUCCAUCAGACUCCAUAGCACGACAUCAGAAGGGAAAGCAUACCAGGAAACACAGCGAGACGCUCCAGAAUCAAGACGCACCGCUGCUCCAGAGAACCCUCAUCGUCUGGAGACAUACAUUCCUCUAUAGCCAGCACACAUAGACACACUCCACUCUACGAUGCAUCACACUUUGCUCCCAAGGCUGCUCAGAAUAUCGGACCCCACAUCCGUACCCACAUCGCUUCUUCAACAUCCAGUCCUGAGACCACGCAACACAGCAACUGCAGCCCCACUCGUAGUCCCUGUACGGACUUUGAAGCAAACAGCCAAACACCCCGCUCGCCACCACCGCAAUAUUAACAGUAUCAAUGGCAGACCUAAUACAGCGUCUACUGAAGGCGCAAAUAGCACCGCUGCAUAUUUAAAACGCAGUCUAUGGAUCCAGGCCCCGACUCGCAGCAGCAGCAACAAUAAGGUCAGCGGCAACUAUUACAACUACUAUCACUCUGGUACAUCCGCAAUCACAGCAUCGACAUCUCAUCUUUUGCAGACGAUGGAUAUCCGUGCCCUCAGGACCGCGGCGAUGGCAGCGACGAACAUGAGGAUGGCCCGAGGCUUCUACUCGCAAUCUGAACAGCGUGAAUUGGACGAUGUGGUCUCGUUUUAUGACGAUAAAGUGACCCAGUACGCAAAUCAAGAGAUCCAGACGGUCACCCUAAAAACGCUUUUGGGCCUGGGACGCUCAGGAUUAUCACCAUCAUCAACAUCAUCGGCAGCAACAGGGUCGUCGGCAUCUGUUCAGGAUCAGCAAAAGCAACAGAAUGCGGCAAGCGAUCUUGAAAUCAAUCUAGAUGUGGCGCGGUAUGCACGCAAGGAACUGCCGGUUCGUUUGGCACGUUUGAUCAAAGCAACGCAGAAAUUGCCCUUUAUUGUAGGCACGAAUCCAUACAUCAAGCGAGUGUACAAGCUUUAUUAUGACUCCUUCCAGACACUGACGGUUUAUCCGGAGCAGAUUCGGAAUAAGGAAGAGCUGGAUCGAUUCGCAGCCUUGUUGCAGGGAUUGGUGGCAUCUCAUGCAGAUGUUAUCCCGAUGCUUUCGCAGGGAUUUUUGGAAUGCAAAAAGUACAUGCCAAAGGAAGACAUCAAAAAGUUCUUGGACGGAAUGAUUCGUGCUCGUAUUGGCAUCCGUCUGAUUGCAGAGCAAGCCAUUUCCUUGAGAGAACAACGGGAAGACGAUAACAACGAAAGUAGCAUCAACAGUAAACAGGGUCACCCCAAGCACCAGAGCGAUGUCGUGGGCGUAGUUCAUACAGAACUCCGACCUGCAAACCUAAUCAAAACAUGCGCCUCGUUCGUGCAGGAACUCUGCGAUAUCAAUUAUGGAUCAAGCCCCGAGGUCGUGAUCAACGGACAGACUGACACAACUUUUACCUACGUCCCUGUUCACCUCGAAUAUAUCCUCUGCGAGCUACUCAAGAACGCUGUUCGGGCAACGGUUGAACAAUCGCAAAAAAUUGGACGCUCAGCACUAGAUCCUCAUGGGCGUAAUAGCCAGAAUCACACCACACAAGGGCGGCCGUUGUUCUCGUCCGCAGCAACCGCGGGAUCUGGCAGCAAGUCGAGCGCAGUGAUUGUGAACCAGGACGAUGAUCAGGACGUAACGAAGCGGCCGAACGAAUUUGGUCACCCACCCGUCGAGGUGACGAUCGCGCAAGGUGAUCAUGAGAUCACGAUUCGGAUCCGGGAUCACGGUGGUGGUAUCUCGAGAGAACAUUUUGACGCCAUCUUUGAUUAUUCGUUCACGACAGUUAAGAACGAGAAUGAUGCGGAUGGGUCGAUGGAUGCAGGCGCUGGAGAUUCUCCUUAUGGUGUCGAUAGCAUCUUCAAGGGUGUGAGUCGCUUAGCCAUGCAGGCGGGAUUGGGUGGACCGAUUGCGGGACUCGGAUUCGGAUUACCGCUGACGAGGAUUUAUGCACAGUAUUUUGGCGGAGACAUACACCUGGUCUCGCUGCAGGGAUAUGGUUGCGACGUAUUCCUGAAGUUGAAGCAGAUUGACGAGACCUUGGAGGAUCUUCAGAUUUAAGGAUCCAUCAAGCCAUCUCUCACGCUCAGUAGAAUAUAAUAUUUGCCUUGUUUAUUAGUAUCGGUCAAAAUAUAUAUUUCACUUUUAUG